AUGUUGAGGAAUAACACGCGAUCCGUGAUGAAGGAUUACAAAGAGGGUGUAGUCUACUUCGGCGAUGACGACAACUCAUAUGACACACGAUUAUUCACUGACUACAUAAGAAAUGUUAAAAAGAUUGGAAUGUGGGCCGUGGGACUAUCCGGAGGAAGCCUCGUAGAGUCCCCGAGAGUUGUGAACAACACUGUGGUCGGGUACAAAGUAAAAUGGGGUACGAAACGAAAAUUUGCAGUUGACAUGGCAGGAUUUGCAAUCAAUCUUAACAUCGUGCUGAAUACAACCGCUGUUUUUGGAAAAUCAUGCCAAAGUGGGUUUGGAGCUCCAGAACCGUGUCUGCUAGAAGAUAUGGGUUUUUCUCAAAGCGAUAUCGAGCCGUUUGGACUAGAUGAAGAUGCAGCUGUACGUUUGCUCUCAUUUGGAGAGCUUUCGUGGAGUUUUCCAAUAAGAAUAUUCUCUAAAUUCUGCACUGAAAAUUCUGGUACAAACUAA